AUGUCAAGUUUUGGUGAUAGGUUGAGAAUGUUUUAUUCAGAUGAAACAAAUAAAAUCAAUUCACAACAAUCAUACACAUCAAAAAAUAAUAAUAAUAACGAAGAUAAUAAAAAUACUAAUAACGAUGAAAAUGAUGAUUUAUCAUUUUUUGAUGAUAAAGACACAAUAAAUAAACAACAGCAAAGCAAUAACGAUUUUCAAUUUAGCGAUGAAGAGGAUAAUAGAAAACCAACAGAUAAUAAAAAUAUUAAGGUUUCAUACGGGGUCGGAUCUAGUGCCAACGAAGAUGCAGACAGAAAUAAAAAGAAUAAUGCAAUUUUAUUAACACCAAAAUCCUCUUUAAAUAAAAGAAAAUUAGAUGAAGACGAAAUGAAUCAAAAUAACAAUCAGUCUUCUAAAAAACAAAAUAAUAAUAACUACAACAACAAUAGUUAUAAUAAUGGUAAUAAUAAUAAUGACAAUAAUAAUAACAAAUCAAUUGUAAUUGAUGAUGAUAACUUUAGUUUCUCAAUUGAUGAAGAUGAACAAAAUUUACAAUUACAACAAAAUCAAAUUCAAAAACAAGCUUCCUCAGACGAAUUACAAAAUAGAUGGCAAUGGAGGGCUGAUGAUCGUUGGGUUGACUAUGAUAUCGAGAAGAUGUACCAGUUGGAGGAUGCUUUAAAUAACAAAAAGAAGAAGUUUGAGGUCGACGAGGAAAGAUAUGUAGAUUUAAGUUCCUGGAAACAAAAAAGAAAUGAUUCUUUAAUUAAACAAAGAGAAGUUAGAAGAGUACCAUUUAAUAUUAAAUCUACAACAUUACCAAAUAAUAUCACUGGUGACCAAUCAAAAUAUAAACCAGGCUCACCAACAAACAGCUCAUCAUCAUUCUCGAAUGCCUAUUCCUCAUUUAAGAGUAGCAAUAGCAGCAGCAGUAGUAAUAAUAGUAAUAUACACACACUUAAGUCAACUAGUGGCAAUAAUAAUAUUACUAACAAAGGUAAUAAUAACAAUAGUAAUAGCAGUAAUAGCAGUAAUAAUAGUAAUAAUAGUAAUAAUAGUAAUAAUAGUAAUAAUAGUAAUAAUAGUAAUAAUAGUAAUAAUAGUAAUAGUUGGUAUUGGAAAGAUGAUAGUGGAUGGAAGGAAUAUUCAAAAGAAAUUAUUAACAAAAUUGAAGAAACCAUCUCAAAAGGUAACAAAAGAGUACAAAUUGAUGACGAAAGAUUUAUAGAUUUAGAACAUAACCUUCAAAGAAGAUAUGAUGAUAUAAAUAAAGUUAGACCAAUUAGAAAAGGUAAUUCUGCUGUGUCCAACACCAAUAAUAAUAGUAAUGUACAAAAAACAACCUCAGUAGCAACAUCAACUCCAUCAAAGUUAACAAAUACCUCCAGCAACUACUUUACAAGCAACAAAUCAAAUAAUAGUAAUAGUAAUAGUAAUAAUAAUAAUAAUAAUAAUAAUAAUAAUAAUAAUAAUAAUAAUAAAUCUGCAUCAAAUAGUGCACCAAAUCCAACAGGUGCCAAAUGGUUAUGGAGGAGUGAUUCAAGCUGGGUAGAAUAUAAUUCAGAGCUCAAUAUUGAAAUUGAAAAUGGCUAUAAAGAAAAAAAAGAUAAAAUCAUAAUUAGAAUUGGCAACGAAGAUAAGAUUAUUGAUUAUAAAGCAUUUUUCCAAAGAAGAACUGAUGAUCCAAGUAAAAGAAGAGAAAUUAAACGUGAAAUUGAUCUAAAUCUAUCUGGUAAACCAACAAAUAAUAAUAACAACAAUAAUAAUAGUAAUAAUAGUAAUAAUAAUAGUGGCAAUAAAAAUAAUGGUAGUAAUAAAAACAUUAAUAAUAACAAAAGCAAAUUUGAUGAUGACAGUUUAUUCGAAGGCGAAGGUUUCUUUGGCAGUAAAAAUAAAAACCAAAGUGAAGAGGAUUUAAUGGCAGAAGAAUUAGAUUUCAACGAUCCAGAUUUUAGAGAAAAGAAAAGAAAACUUUAUGUCUGUGGUAAAGACUAUAAAACUUUAAAUGACCUUCCCACUUGGUAUGAUUUCUUAGAGAAAAAUAGACACAGGGUUAAAACAUCAAAUUUAAUUAACGAACCAGAUCCAGCAUUAAAUAAAAAGAUUUGUCUUUAUGGUGGGGAUAUCACAGCACUAGAAGUCGAUGCUAUUGUUAAUGCUGCUAGAUCUUCUUUAUUAGGUGGCGGUGGCAUUGAUGGAGCAAUUCACCAAGCUGCAGGUACAGGUUUAGUAAACGAAUGUGAAACUUUUGGUGGUUGUAAACCAGGCGGUGCAGUUUUAACAAAGGGUUAUAGGCUUCCAGCCAAGUAUGUUAUUCAUACUGUAGGGCCAAUGGAUAAAAAUCCAGAAACAUUAAAAAAAUGCUAUGACUCAUGCUUAGAUAUCGCUUUAAAAAAUAAUCUUAAAACUCUUGUAUUUUGUUGUAUUGCAACCGGUGUUUAUGGUUUUCCAAGUUUGGAUGCUGCAAAUAUUGCAUGUGAAACAAUUUAUAAUUGGCUCAAAGUUCACUCAAAAAAAGUGGAUCGAAUUAUAUUUUGUAUUUAUACAAACGAUGAUUAUAAAAUUUAUGGAAAAUUAUUACAACAAUAUUUCCCAAUACAUCAAGAAUAA